UUGUUGAGGUACUGUAAGACCUAAUCCCUAGGCACUUUGAACCAUGAACAGUAGGGAUAAUGAAUUUUUUCAAAAACAUACGCAGAGAGGAAUUCUGAAGUGGGUUUUGAAGACAGUGCUGUAAAGUUGAAUCUUUUUGGAAUUUUUAUGGCCAUUUUGGAUUCUUGAAGUGGGUUUGAAGAUUUGUAUGAGAAGUUGAGAUAUCUGUUGCUGAUUCUUACGUAGAUUCUGCAUUGAGGUAAUAACUUGUCCAUUAUUUGGCAAGACGAAACAAUAGAGGAAAAGAUGAUGGAACAUAAAAGGAACUCUGUCUCUCUUGAUCAAAGUAGCCUCAUGGGUUUGAAGAAAAAAAUACAGAAGAUUGAUGCGCCUCUCUCUUCCAAGGAAAAGAAAGAGAAGGUCGGUGAACGAAUUUCUGCUCUUCAACAACUUGUCUCACCUUAUGGAAAGACAGACACAGCGUCGGUUCUUCUGGAGGCAAUGGAAUACAUUAGGUUCCUUCACGAGCAAGUUAAGGUGUUGAGUGCACCAUACCUAUCUAGUACGCCGACAACUAAUACACAAUUUGAAUCAAGUGCUUGUGUUUAUCAUUUCAAGGAAGUCGAGCAGCAUAAUCUUAAAAGCAAAGGCUUAUGUCUUGUGCCAAUUUCAUUUACUGAUGGAGUUGCCAGCAGCAAUGGUGCAGAUAUUUGGGCUCCGAUAAAGAGCAGUUCCCCUAAUUCUAGAAGAUCGAUCUCAGACGAUGUUUCAGUGAUAACUUACAGUUGAUGGAUAUUUCUGGGAAGUUAGGCAGAAUGGUUUAUAAUAAAUUAUAAGAUAGUGAAAAUUUAAGACGCAGAAGCAUGAGCUGAUGAUAUUCCAGCAGGUUACUACACCAAAUACUACUAAUGAUAUAAGGUGCCAGUUGUUGUACAUAAAACGAAGUUGUAAAUUGACGAGUGACAGAUGUGUGCUACGAUCUUGAAGAAAAUUAUGUCCCUAUCUAAAUUUCCUUUGUCAAUAAUAGCGAGCAAGAUUUAUUUUUCUCUUAUCAAUACAUAUGAGAAGCUUUUUACCAUAAGUCAUCAUCAGAAUCUUUUUGUUUUCUAUAAUCUCAGAUUCUGCCUAUAAGAUGGUAUUUAUCAGCUAAGGGAUUAUUCUAUU